UGAGCAGUUUCACUAUCUGAAUGAACAUGCAUGGGAAGGCCAUUACCUCAUGAAAGUAUAUUCGUCUGAAAAUUUAGCCAAUGAAAUGUCGCUGAAUGGAACCGCAUUUCAGACUGCUCAUCUUGCUACGCUUCACAUAAAAAACACAAACAUCCUUCGAAAAAUGUAUUAUUUCUUAAGCCAAUGGACAGUGGAUAUGCUAGGAGAUUCUUCGAUGAAAAAGUGUAAGCCGCCCAUAACUUUAGGAAAAGUGCAAAUAGAUAAAGUUCGUGAACGAUAUCUUGCGGGUCUAUAUGCAAUUGCAGAUACAAAUUGUAGCCGGGACAGAUUCAAGCGAUUUGAAGUGGCUUUCAUCUUCUUUUAUAAUAUUGCAAAAAGAGUGGCUGGCACAAAAAAACUGUGCGGAGAUGCAGUGAUUUUGAGAGAAUAUGAGCGACUGGUAAAUAAACAUUUUACAGAUGCCGCAUCAAUUCCUAGUCCCCAGCCAAGUCGUGGUAAAAAACUGGCUAUCCCGUUCUUUAGAAAAAGAAUACCGAUACCAAAAUUCAUAACGAAGACACCAAAUGAAUUUGCAAAGUAUUUGCAGAGUAAAAUCAAGGCAGUCAAAGGAACGAUGUCAAUAAAUGCGAACCUAAAUGCUGUAUUCAAUGAGGUUUCAAACGAUAUAAUCAACUUAUAUUAUUACAUCUUUCAAUAUGCACCCGAAAAAUUUGUCAUAGAUCCAUUCGAUGAUCUAGUCAGAAUGUUUAUGGGAAAUUACUUGCACUCGGACAAAAAAUCUGAAAAUAAUCUUUACAUCAUUAGUAUAGCGCAUUCAACCUUUAUGCGUAUUUUUGGACCAAGGAAAACAAAAAGGGUUGAUGCACCAUUUAAACGAGACGACAAGCGUUCGUCACUAAGAUAUUGAUUUCUGGGUUUUCAUUUCAUAAUUCCUUCAAAAUAAUUACUGAAGUUAUACGCACGGCAUUAUAAUUAGGCAAAAAGUAAGAAAUUGGUUAUAUAUGUUGCUAAUUAAAUUGCUUUUCUCCUUUUGACAUUGAUGAAAUUAAAUAAAAGUAAAGAACUCGGAAUACUGUA